AUGGUGUUAUUUGUGUCGUUUGGGAGCGGGGGGACGCUCUCCAGUUUGCAGAUGAAGGAAUUGGCCGCCGGCCUGGAAGGGAGCGGGCAGAGAUUUCUUCUGGUGGCGAGAAGGCCCGACGAUCUUGUUCGGACCGGAGCGUAUUUCUCCGGCGAGGGGAAAAUGGAUCCCGGCGAAUAUUUUCCGGCGUCUUUCAUGGAGAGGGUGAAGUCCGGGAAGGGGUUCGUGGUGGCGAACUGGGUUCCUCAGGUGGAGGUGCUUCGGCACGCGGCGGUGGGAGGGUUUCUGACGCACUGUGGGUGGAAUUCGACGCUGGAGAGCCUGGUCUACGGCGGCGUGCCGCUGAUCGCGUGGCCGCUGUUUGGGGAUCAGAAGAUGAACGCGGCGCUGCUGAGCGAAGGGCUGCGCGUGGCUGUGAGGGUGAGGGAGGACGAGAACGGCGUUGUGGACGGCGAUCAGAUAGCGAAGCUGGUGAGUAAAGUAAUGGAAGGGGCGGAGGGCGCGGAGCUGCGGCGGAGGGCGAGAGAACUCAAGGAAGCUGCCGGCGCGGCCAUGGGAGAAGACGGGUCGUGCAAUAAAGCUGUUGCUGAUUUGGCGAAAAGAAUUGGAGUGACAGAGAAAGUAACUGUGACGUAAUAUGGUAUUUUUACUUUAGUGAUGAAUUGAAUGGAGAGAAUGUAACUGUGACGUAAUAUGAUGCUUCUAUCUAAUUGUUUCGCCCAAUGGAGAUAUGUAGCACGUGCUGUUCUAGCC